AUGGAUCGCACCAGCACAAUAGAGCCACAACGGCCACCGGGCUCAGUAUUGGCGGAGAGGACAACAUGCGAGAAUGAGGGACAGGUGGUUGUUUUAAACCGACAGAGACCAAAAACGUGGAAUCCUCUCAGAAUUGUCGCUAUCGUCUCUGUAUCUAUAACGAUAUGGCUGGCAAUGAGAACAAAAGAUAUGUUACAUGGAGAAAGGUUUGAUCCACUCGACUAUCAAGCCAGAGCAGCUCGGGUUCUUUCAGAGACGCCUCUCAUAGACGGACAUAACGACCUGCCAUUUCUUGUCCGGCUGCAGUUGAACAAUCAAAUUUACGGAAAUAACCUUCCAUUCCGCCAGGGUCUUGCAUCUCACACGGAUCUUAAGCGAAUGAAGCAAGGCAAAGUAGGUGGACAAUUCUGGUCUGUCUUUGUUGAGUUAUUGAUUCUUAAUUUUCAGCAUAGCGUCCGCGAUACGCUUGAGCAAGUGGAUGUGGCAAAGCGAUUGAUCGCCGAAUACGACGAACUGCGAUACUGCGAGACAGCAGAAUGUGCCCGACGGGCUUUCAAGUCCAAGAAAAUCCCCUCGAUGCUCGGUGCGGAAGGACUGCAUCAGGUGGGAUCUUCAAUUGCUGUUAUCCGACAGUUGUAUGAUAUCGGAGUUCGCUAUAUCACUAUCACUCAUAACUGUGACAAUGCCUUCGCUACAGCGGCUUCAACGGUUACCGAGACUGGCAAGGACGGCGGACUGAGCGAUUUUGGAAAGGCUGCCAUUCAAGAAAUGAACCGUCUAGGGAUGAUGGUGGACCUCUCCCACACAUCCCACCGAACAAUGCGAGAUGUCCUGGCCAUGACGCGAGCUCCAGUCAUUUUCUCCCACUCUGGGUGCUACUCAAUUGGAAAGAGUCUUCGAAAUGUACCUGAUGAUGUGCUUCAAACACUCAAGCACAAUGGUGGUUUGAUCAUGAUCUUUUUCGCAAAAAAGUUCGUUCGACCUGAUAACCCAGACAAGGCAACUCUGGAAGAUGUGGUGGACCAUAUUUAUCAUGCGGCAUCUGUUGCAGGCGAUUUUGACGGAACGGGUAGCGUCGCUACUGGGAUUGAAGAUGUUUCCGCAUAUCCGAGGCUCAUCGAAGCAGUCAUGCGGCGUGGUGCAACGGAUGAUCAGGUUCAUAAGUUAGUGGGAAGGAAUAUCCUUCGAGUUUGGCGAGAGAAUGAGAAGGUGGCAGCGCAGGUACAGAAAAGGGCUGAUUCGCGACCUAUUGAGAGCUAUUGGGAGGGAAGAGCACCGCCGACUUUUGAGGGAUCGUUGCCAACAUUAAAGCCAUCCAAGUAG